AUGGGUUUGAAAAUGGCUAUCGAUCUGGAUGUGCAUGAACUAUUGGUUAUGGGGGAUUCUGACUUGCUUAUCCGGCAAGCCCAAGGCGAAUGGGAGACUCGAGAUAUAAAGCUUAUUCCGUACAGACAAUGUGUGCAAGACUUGAGCAAAAGAUUCAAAUCCAUCGCGUUCAGGUACAUUCCCAGGUUUCACAACGAGCUAGCCGAUGCCUUGGCUACUUUAGCCUCAAUGCUCCCUUAUCCAGGUAACACUCAUAUCGAUCCACUAGAAAUCCAGGUUCGGAAUCAACACGGUUACUGCAAUACAAUUGAGACAGAACCAGAUGGUGAACCAUGGUAUCGUGACAUAAAACAAUUCCUGAAAACAAGAGAAUAUCCAGAGCAUGCUAAAGGAGAUCAUAAAAGAACUAUAAGGCGGCUCGCCAGUGGUUUCUUCCUGAAUGGGGAAAUUCUGUACAAGAGGACCCCAGAUUUAAACCUGUUGAGAUGCAUAGAUGCUACAGAAGCAGAGCUGAUCAUGAGUGAAGUGCAUUCGGGGGUAUGCGGACCUCACAUGAAUGGAUAUGUUUUGGCGAAGAAGAUCCUGCGGGCAGGUGAGACCCCUAGGUUUAUCAUUAAGAAAUGGCGUAUGGAGGAGGCAAAAGCGUUCCUUAAGAUGGUUAGGAAAUGUGGAGCAGAAGCAGAAGCAGAGUUGUAG